AUGCCCUCGGAGGCGACUUUAGCACCGGUUCCGCCACCGCAAGCGCCGGCGGCGGCGACUCCAGCAGCUGCAAUCACAGGAGCCCAGGGUGCCGCACUCGCUUUGCGCGCACGUGGCGCGGCAGCUCGCGCGUCCCUGGAGCGUAUCAGCGGUCCGGUGUUGGCGGCCGCAGCUGAUCUCGGCGCCAAGCUCAACCAGGUCACAGGUUACGACGCCAUCGAGAAGCUCAAGCGCAAGGUGGACGAGGCGACGAGGCGCCUGGCGGACGCACGGGAAGAGCUCCGGGACAAUAAGGCGGCUUACGAGGCACGGGUUUCGGAGCAAGGGGACUUGCAGCGGCAGCAGAUGGCCCUGCUGCAGCGCAAGAGCAGCUGGCAGGCGGCUGACGUGGAGCGGUUUACGGAGCUCUGCCGUCAAGAGCACCGGUUGGAGCUGGAGGUGGCGCAGGCGAAGGACCGUCGCUGCUACUAUGUGACGUAUUGCCAAGGUGCGGUAGUGUGCACCAGCGGCAACAGCAGCAGAAAUGUUAAACAGCAGCAGACUCCAGGGAUACCGACCGCCUACAGCGGCGCCGCGGAGGCGGUGGAGGCGUGUCACGACCAUAUAGCGGAGGCAGUCCGUGAGCGUUACAGCGCCGAAACCAUGUGGAGCGACAAGAUCCGGCGGGCCUCUACCUGGUGGACUGCGGGCCUUAUGGCACUGCAGCUGGUGUCGUUCAUGUCCGUGUACCUCGUGAUGGAGCCCAUCAAGGCGCAGCGGCUCCGGAACCACGUGGAGGAGGUUUUGCGGGCGGAGCUCUCCAAUGUACGGCAGUCUCUGGCGUCGCUCGAGUCUAACGCCGUGCAGUUCCGGAGCGUGGGCACGGAGGUGCGGGCUGCGGCGGUAUCGGCCGUGGCGCCGGGGCUUAGCAUAGCAGACGUGGCAGAUCCUAUGCUCGAGGGCGCAGACACGCGCACGGUCUCGCGAGAGCUUCUGGAUCAGGUACGACACAUUAAAAGCCACUUGGCGGCGCUGGAGAUCAGGUUAGCGGCCUCAGCGGCAGGAGGCAAUCCGAUAGAGAUGGUUCGUGGUGGGGAGUCCCCGCCGGCGCAGCCGUCGCCCUCGCACAGUGCCGAUGCCGAUGGUGCUGCUCUCACUACGGAGCAACUAGACGAAGGCCCCGAGGGGGCCGCGGCGCCUGAAGCACGGAGCUGGCGCCGGCGGCUGAGGCAUCAGCUGCUUGUUGUUGCAGCCAAUCCUGAAGCGAGGACAGCAGCCGCUGCGUUCACAGGCGCAGCGCUUGGCGUUGGGAUGCUGUUGCUGUUUCGGCGGGACGGGUAA